AUGUCGUCAUGUAUCUCGCAUGUCGAUGUCGACCGCCAGGCGCCAACAUCAGGCUACGACGUCUGCGUCAGGGACCCCGAUGCCUCGCAGCGGAAAGCCUGCGAGGAGUACGUGAGAGCAAACGCCCGUGACUUCCCAGCAGCCAAGGCCAACCUCAACGGUUAUGGGGAGAUAUCCACGCAGGCCGAGCUUUCCGACGCAGUACGGGGAGCAUGGCUCGUGAUCGAGGCCGUCCCGGAGAAGCUGCAGAUCAAGAUCGACACCUUCGCGGACCUCGAGGCCCAUGCGCCCGAGGACGCGAUCCUCGCGAGCAACUCGAGCUCUUACAAGAGCUCUGAGAUGCUCGAAAAGGUCAGGGACGAGGCUACGAAGGCGCGCAUGCUGAAUACGCACUAUUAUGUGCCGCCCGGCAACAACGUCGUGGAGUUGAUGACGUGCGGGUUCACAGACCCCGUCGUGAUCGAGUUCCUCCUCGAGAGGCAGAAGGAGGCGGGGACGACGCCCUACGUCGCCCGGAAGGAGUCGACGGGUUUCAUCUUCAACCGGCUCUGGGCGGCGGUGAAGCGCGAGGUCCUUGAGAUAUUGGCCGAUGAGGUAUCGACGCCCCAGGAGAUUGACGGAAUGUUCAAAACCAUGUUCGAGAACUCAAGGGGGCCGUGCAAGAUGAUGGACGACGUCGGUCUCGACACUGUUGCUUUUAUCGAGUCGCAUUACGUCGCUGAGAGGGGCCUGCCCUCGGACAAGACUGUCGAUUUCGUGCAGAGGAAUUACAUCGACGAGGGGAAGCUGGGCGCGAAGUGUCAGAAAGGAGGCUUAUAUCCUCGCGUUCCCCGUCUUUUGGUUCUCGACCUUGGACUGGCGGCCACCAAGGUCUCCCCGGCGCCGGGCUUCGUGCUGGAGAUGUCAGGCGACGGUAAGAACCAAAAGGUCCUCGCCAAGAGCCAGGCAUUGCCAGACGGCAUCGACGUGGACAAGUCCUCGGGGCGCAUGUUCUGGACGUGCAUGGGCUUGCCAGGCCACCCCAAUGGCGAAGUAUUCUCCGCGAACCUCGAGGAUGGCUCGGACGCCAGGUGCAUCGUGCCCAAGGGCGUGGCCAACACCCCCAAGCAGCUCGUCGUCGAGCCGGUGUCCAAGAAGCUGUACUUCUGCGGCCGCGAGGGGAUGCGGGUGUUCCGCUGCAACUACGACGGCGGCGAGCUCGAGACCAUCAUCAAGACUGGCGACUGGGAGGCAGAGGGCUUCGAAGACCAGACAAAGUGGUGUGUGGGGAUCACCGUCUCGCCCAAGCACGGCAAGUUUUACUGGACGCAGAAGGCGGCCUCGAAAUCCGGCAAGGGUCGUAUUUUCUGCGCAAGCAUCGACAUGCCCGCUGGACAGACGGCUGAGAGCCGGACAGACGUCCAGCUCCUCCUGGAUAACCUCCCAGAGCCGAUUGACCUCGAGAUUGACGAAAGCAACGACUUGCUAUAUUGGACUGAUCGUGGCGAGCUGCCACUAGGCAACUCCGUGAACCGAGCAACCUUGGAUCCUGCGUCUGGCUUGGUGGCUAAGAGCGGCAGUGGGAAGCCGUACGAGGUGCUCGUGAGACACUUGAAUGAGGCAAUCGGGCUGAAGCUUGAUCUCGAAGCUGGUCACAUGUACCUCACUGACCUCGGUGGGUCUUUGUACAGAUGUAACCUGGAUGGUUCGGAAAAGCAGAAGAUCUAUAGCUCUGAUGAGCGGGCACUGGCGGGCAUAACAAUAGUAUAG